AUGUCUAUUAAAAAACCUUCUUUUGAAAUAAUUCGUCAAUUAAUACCACCACUUUCCCAUGAAUUCCACAAAGGUCAAGCUGGAAGAAUUUGUAUUGUGGGUGGUUCAGAAGAUUAUACUGGCGCACCUUAUUUUAGUGCUUAUUCUGCUUUAAAACUUGGCGCUGAUUUGAGUCAUGUAUUAUGUCAUCCAUCAGCUUCGACAGCAAUAAAGGUAAAGAAAGAUGACGAGGGUGGGUUUCUUGAAGAAAAAUUAUUUUAUAAUGUAUUAUUAUUAUUAUGA